UUUACUCUGAAAGAGCCAGUCAGGUGGUACUUCCGGUGUGAAAGCUGCAGAACCAGAGCCAUAAACUCGCCUAAAACGACCCAAGAAAAACACCAAAACCAUGUCUCACACCAUCCUGCUGGUCCAGCCCACCAAGAGGCCCGAGGGACGGACGUACGCCGACUACGAGUCGGUCAACGAGUGCAUGGAGGGCGUCUGCAAAAUGUACGAGGAGCAUUUAAAGAGGAUGAACCCCAACAGCCCGUCGAUAACGUACGACAUCAGCCAGCUGUUUGAUUUCAUCGACGACCUGGCCGACCUCAGCUGUUUGGUGUACCGCGCCGACACGCAGACGUACCAGCCGUACAACAAGGACUGGAUCAAGGAGAAGAUCUACGUGCUGCUCCGUCGCCAGGCCCAGCAGGCGGCCAAGUUGUGAGGAGGAGGAAGACGAAGAAGAAGACGAGGAGGAGGA